AUGCUCUGCCGCGUCUUCGCAUUCGUUCUCGCCGCAUCAGUCUUUUACGUGCUGUCUCUCUCUAUCAUGUCUCCGCCAACUCCAAAUCUUGAAGUCCGACUACAAUCUCCCUCUGUUCCUGCAAAAUUCACCCCGCCCAUCCCCCUCACGAUCCAGGUCUCUGUCCAGAAUAAGGGCGAAACCCCCGCUACCGUCCUGAAAUGGGGCUCCCCGCUCGAUGGGCGCGCCAACGUCCUCGGAAUUUUCGAGAUCCUUGAUACAGAGAACGAUAAAGUGGUCGAAAUCACCACGGUCAAGUUCUCUCGCCAGCUUCCUCCCUCAGUGGAGGAUUUUGUGGAGAUUCCGCCUGGCGGAAAGAUCGACGCGGAGGUAAAGAUCCCGCUCGUUCCUCUUGAGCAGGGAAAGAAGUAUACCAUCCAGGCCAAGGGGUGGUGGCAAGCUGUUUGGGAGCAGCACCUGGGCGAGGUUCCGCGGGAGAAUCUAGAGAAGUUGGCAGGAGCAUUGAGGGGAGAGUCAGGCAGGAACUGGGCUAUGGAUAUGGGUAUAGGGCUCUCCACGAUAUAA